AUAAAAGAAUUAUUCUUUAUCAAUUCCCAUUUCCCAUAUUAUAUAAAACCAUACAUUCUUCCAUUUCAUUCCAUUCCAUUCCAUUUCAUUUCAUUUCAAUCUUCCUUUCCUUAAUCAACUUGUUGUUUGAAGAUGAAAACAAGUUCUCAUUUCCUCCAACCAUCAAGUCUCAUUUCAAUGCUCCUCAUCUUUGCCUUUGGCUUAACCAUUGGCAUCAUAUUCAGCUCCUACAUCAACAAUAACUUCUCUCUAAAUCUCCAUGUCACUCACUUUUCAUUCUCAUCAUCUCCAUCUUCAUCAUCACCAUCUUCAUCAUCACCAUCUUCACCUUCAUCACCACCAUCUUCAUUAUCACCACCAUCUUCAUCAUCAUCAGAAGCAGCAGCAGGAGCAGCAGAAGCAAAAACAGCUUCGAUUGAUGCUAAUCCAUGUUCAAAUUCAAAAACUAAUGAUACCCAUUUGGGAUUAAGGAAAUUUCUGGAGCCUCCAAGCCUUAAUCAUGAUAUGAAUGAUGAAGAAUUGAUAUGGAGAGCUUCAUUGACUCCAAAACUAAAGGAUUCCCCCUUCAAAACUGAUCCCAAAGUUGCUUUCUUGUUCUUAGCUAGAGGACCUGUUUGGAUGUCACUUCUAUGGGAGAAGUUUUUCAAAGGGUAUGAUGGUUUAUACUCUGUUUAUGUUCAUUCGGAUCCAUCUUACAAUCAAACAGAUCCUGAAAGUGAUAUUUUCCAUGGUAGGAGAAUCCCCAGUAAGGUUGUCGGGUGGGGAAAUGUAAACAUGGUCGAGGCCGAACGUCGGUUGUUAGCCAAUGCCCUUUUAGAUUUCUCGAACGAACGAUUUGUUCUCCUCUCGGAAUCAUGCAUCCCUCUAUUCAACUUUUCAACAGUUUAUUCCUACCUAAUGAACUCGACACAAAACUUUAUAGAGGCCUAUGACUUGCCCGGACCAGUUGGCCAAGGUCGAUAUAGCCCCAAAAUGGCACCUACCAUCACGAUUCAAUUAUGGAGAAAAGGUUCUCAAUGGUUCCAAAUAGACCGUUCAAUGGCGAUUGAGGUCAUAUCCGAUCAAGAAUUCUUUCCAAUGUUCCAAAACCAUUGCGAUGGUUCAUGUUACGCGGACGAGCAUUAUUUGCCUACUUUGGUGAGUGCGAAGUUUUGGGAAAAGAAUUCAAAUAGGACAUUGACUUGGGUUGAUUGGGCUCGAGGUGGACCUCAUCCGACGCGAUUCAUAAGAAAUGAUGUGACUAAUGAACUUUUGAUGAAAUUGAGGAACCAAACAAGAUGCAAUUACAAUGGAAAGGACAAUAAUAUUUGUUUCUUGUUUGCUAGGAAGUUCAUGCCUAAUACUUUGGAUAGGUUAUUGAGGUUUACCCCCAAGAUCAUGGGCUUCAACAGAUAGGAAACCAACUUUGAGGAAUUUUUUUGUUUAUUUUUUAUAUGGAGUAUUUUUAAACAUAUAUACUCUUCAUUUAUAAUAAGAUAUUAUAUUUUUUAAUUCA